ACUGUCCUUUUGGAAGUGGCUGGAACGGACGCAGAGGUCUGUAAACGUAUCAUUCGUGCCCUCAUCGGCUGGUUGGUGAAGUUCGCCUCCCCUGCUUCCCCCGAGAAUGGUAACCCGGACGACCAGAGCGAGCCGAAACCCGAGACUGCUACGACGGCGGUCCAGUCGCGUCUCAUUCUAAGACCCUUCCGCGUGGUGAACGCCGUCACUGGUGACAAGUUGGCGCUGUAUCCAACUGCCGCAGAUGUGGCUAACGAAAAGUUUCUCGCAGACGUGUAG